AUGGACGACACAACACCUCCAUCUGACUCGUCGCCGUCGCGAACCUCUCCCACGCUUCUCGGCACCGUGGCUCUCCGAUUAUUCCACUGGGACAAGCUCUUCGAAUCCGACAGUCCUCCCCGACUUGGCAUCGAUGUCAGCAAGCGUAUACCUUACGCGACCAUGUCUGGAUUCUCUGCGGGCCUAGGUCUAGGCUAUAUCUAUGGGAGCAACAAAGCAGGCCUUCAGUUUCGAGCAGAGAACGCACACCGAUUCCCGACGACUUCGACUGGCUGGUGGCAGUACCAUAAGACCAAAAACUACAUCUCAAUUGUGGGUGGUGUAAAAGAGGGCUUCAAAAUGGGAUUCAGACUAGGCGCUGGCUCGCUUGUGUUCUGUCUCUUUGAGGAAACAGUCGAUUAUGCCCGUCAUGAGGAGCGAGACUUUCUGUCCACGGUGACCGCGGGUUUGUCAUUUUCGGGGGUGUACAGCUUACUCGCCCGUCACGAUGUAUACACCGCUGCCCGUACUGCAAAGCUCGGGUUGAAGUUUGGACUUGGUUAUGGACUGGCGCAAGAUGCUCUGGAGUCAUUAAAAGGAAACCGACCGGCCUACGUGGACUUCUUCCUUGGGAAUCGUCGGUUGAAUGAGGGUAGAGAUCGUGUCUGA